AUGUCCCAGCAUGGUUAUCACGUGAUCCUUCUGGUAUAUCUUAUCACAAAGACGGUCCCAGCCAUUGAUGACUCGCCGUCUCCGUGCACACAAUCAACUUACCAUGUCACAAACGAAACGGAAGUUGUUCUGCAACAAAUGUGCACAACUGCGCAGCAAAGUGUGCUAUACAACACAACGGAACCUCCACUGUUUUCUGAACAAAAUUCUACAAAACAACCCGAUGUCAAAAACCUGGCCACGACAACCGAGAACAUAUGCGUUGUCUUGUGCUCAAUCCAGCUGGGUGGGGAAGCUUGCAACUGUAACCACCCCAUUCUGCCUGGCUAG